UCCAUACGUUUAACACUGUCCUUAAGGAUAAUCCUGUUAAUCCUAUAUUUUAUUAGUUUUGUGUAUAUAACUAUGACAAUGGAAGUUGCAGUGUUUUUUGUUUGCAUGGCAAUAAUUGCGCAAAUUAAUGCUGCACCAACACCAGAGUCAGGAUCCAUCGCUCACCAAAACAACGAAUUCGAUCUACCGCCUAUGGCUCGUGGAGGAUUUACUAUGAACGUAACAGUAUCAGUCUCUACAAGUGCAAGCACAAGUAAUCAAUUGAAAGUGAAAAUGCUGCCGAAAGCGGAGGACGAUAGCGAGUCUAUACCCGAUUAUUGCAUGAGCAACAACAUCGAAGGCAAGCAUAUCUGCGUUAUGCCGAACCAGGAAUGGACCAACAGAUCGGCGGAACCUAAAGAGAUCAUCGAUCACGUUAUAGCCAUCAGGGCCGGACGCAUAGAUAAUAGUCUCAUGCUAACAGUGGAACUAAAUGGAAACCAUCAUGACGCCGCCUUAAUCGACCUGGCAGACUUUGAUAAGCUCAAGCAUUUUUCGAUUGGAGGCAUUGAGGUGAUAAAAAAGUUGGAAUUUGAAUUUAAACACGAAUAUCAAUAGUAAUUUAAGCACGUAUGAAAUUAAUUAAUGCUCAAAAAUUGGAAAGAAAUGACAAACUGUAUGUAACUCUUUUUAACAACCGGGCUAGCACAGGAAUGGCGCGACAGUACGAGUAUCUCGCCCGCGAGAUAAACUACCGGUCCGUCUUUAAUUAAUCAUCAU